GUCAUUGUCAAUCUUACUGUACCCUGUUCGUGUCAGCUCUCCUCCAGGAUAUCGGGUGUCUAUCUGGGCAUCCGACCGUUCCCUUCCCCUAAUUCUAUGCCAGAGCCUCCUCCUCCUAUACGCUUUACGAGUACAAUAUAGGCCUUCGAUCAAAUAUCUUCCCCCCAUCAUCUCGUACGAGUGACGAGACUCACGCUCACAAUGGUUCACUGCAAUGUGACCCUGUCCGAAACUCACUGGGAGACGGAGAAGAUCGUGGGAAACUUGAAUCUGCAUACCUUAGGAUGGAUGAUAUGCGGUGCCUGCGCUAUUAUAGCUACAAUCAUCUCGUUUUUCUUGAUAUUCCGACACGCCGCCCAUUACACAAAACCAAAUGAACAGAAACACAUUAUCCGCAUUCUGCUCAUGAUUCCCAUCUAUGCUAUAACUUCAUGGCUUUCAUAUGUAUGGUACUGGCAUGCAAUAUAUUGGGAAGUCGCACGGGAUUGUUAUGAAGCUUUCGCAAUCGCAUCAUUCUUCACACUCUUGUGUGCAUACGUCGCACCGGAUCUCCGUGGGCAAAAGGAUUUCUUUGCAUCGAUGGAUGUGAAGCCAUGGCCUUGGCCAAUAACGUGGAUUAAUAAAUGCAUGAACAAACGGCAAAUACGAAAACCCAGGAACGGUUUGACAUGGUUUAACCUGAUAUGGAUGGGUGUUUUUCAAUACAUCUUCAUUAGAGUUGCAACUACUGCGAUUGCUACGGCAACACAAGCUACCGGAAACUACUGUGAAGAAUCACUUCAUCCGGCAUUCGCGCAUUUGUGGUGCAUGAUUUUCAAUGUCAUAGCUGUGACAAUCGCCAUGUACUGUCUCAUUGCGUUUUACCUUAAUCUCAAGCGGGAUCUCGCAGCAAACAGACCUUUUUUCAAACUACUUUGCAUAAAACUAGUUAUUUUCUUCUCUUUCUGGCAAAUGAUAUUGUUAGAUUUCCUCGUCUCGGCUAAGAUUAUUAAGCCAAGUAAGGUUAUGUCUCAAGGUGACAUUUCUGUUGGAUUCAAUUCUCUACUUAUUUGCUUUGAAAUGAUCAUUUUUGCCACCCUCCAUUUGUGGGCAUUUGCAUGGAAGGAUUUCGACCGCGGUCCUGGGCAGAAGACAUCUGCUUUCGGAACGCUGUUGGAUGCGUUCAAUCCAUGGGAUACCAUUUGUGCAACAGCAAGGGGACUAAAAUGGAUGCUUUGGGGCUGGAGGAAAAGACAUCGGGAUGUGGAAAAGAUUAUAAACCGGAAGAAGGAGAGCCAAGGGUUGGCAGGGGAUGCCGCACCAAUGGGAAUAACAGAUCUGAGGCCACUACCCGGAGGGUUACAGGUACACCAUCCCACUCCCGCAGAUGCAACAGAAGACCCCCAAAGCCCGACGGAACGCAUGUACGAAAAUCCAAGGAUGGGGUCACUAGACAUCAUGGAAGACUCCUGGACACCGAGACCCUUUUCCUCGCAACUACCCCACCAUCCCGAACCAACAAGAGCAGACAGCCCCCAUACCCCAUACACACCCCAACCAUAUCCACACAGCGCCGGUUUUCCUCUACCCUAUCCGGACGCACAAUCCUAUAUGCCUCAAGGCGAUAACCAAACAAGCUACACUCGCCCACGCCCGCAGCUGUCACAACCAAGCGCAGAGUCAUUACUUGCCGACGACCAGACAGAUCCGAGCUUCGGGUACACACCCAGCGUUGCCGGGCCCAGCCAGGAGCACCAAGGUGACGCAAGACUUGGAAUGCAAAGGAACGCGGACGGGCAUGGGACAGACCAUGGAGAGAUGUUUGAGUGAUGAUAACAAGGAUGGAAAAAAAAUAGUAAUUAAUCUCGUUUCUUUCUGGACCGGUGUUGGGGAUUUCUUUCUUUCUUUCUUUUUCUUUCCUUUCUCUUUUACGGGGAGUUUUUUUCUUUUGUUCUUCUGGUUCGAAGAUUUAUAUGCGCCUAUGAGUUGUAAUUCUAGUCGUAUGGUACGACAGCUGUGGCUACAAGAAUGAAGAUCCAGAAAUAUGAUACCCUGUACUCUACCAAUUGAAUGAUAGAUUAUGCU